CGUAAAAUAGAAAGAAAAGAGAACUUGAUAUUUUCACCCGCAUUUUUGUCGAAGUAAUCGCUUUUUUGUCCUGAAAGAUGGACYCAGGGUUACACCACUCUCACGAAGAAGCUUACGGGCAAAGUUUCUAUCAGAARCCGAACUUAGAUCCGCAAGYUUCAGGUAUUUACUCCUACAAUAGUAGCAUCGCUACCGGUCUACCAUCAAAAGAGCCAACAGAGAGAUUUUUGCGUUAUAUACCAAAUAAGGCACCUAUGUCUGCAGGGCAAGUAGCAAUAGAUAUAAACGAUGGAGGGCAUGAGAAAGAUGUCAGAGGAUUGGAUAAAGUGAGGGGAGACCAUAAACUGAGAUUACGAGCACCACAAGAGUCAAGUAGCAAAGCACUUUCUAGUGUUAUUAAACCAUUUCCAAAAAGAACCUAUAAACUGAUAAACAUUGUAACCAAGGAAUURAAAACAGUUCUUGCUGAAAAACAGGGAUGGAAAAUAUUCUGGUUGCUUCUGUUAAAUUUGGUAUUAACAUUUAUACUCUUAGUUUAUUCUGGGUCAUCUAACAGCUUAGCUUUACAGUCUUUUGCUUAUCUAACAAUAUUUGAUAUUUUAAGUUUGAUGACAUGUCUUUUGUCCUUGUGGGUAUCACUUCAGAAGUCUACACCUGCAUUUUCAUAUGGGUUUGACAGAUAUGAAGUACUAGCAGUAUUCUCAUCAACUAUGUUAACGAUGUUUGGUGCAUUAUUUAUAUUCAAAGAAAGUACGGAAAGAUUAUUAAUGCCUGAAGAAGUUAAAACGGAUAGUUUGUUUAUUCUUGCUGUUAUUGGUCUUGUGCUGCAUCUUCUUGUAACAUUUGUGGCGGGUAAUAAGCCAUUGAAUGAAGUAUCAAAAGCUGCAGCAUCUAAUUGGCUGCAAGAUGCAGUUUCUGAUUUAGGACACAGUAUUUGUGGCUUUGCACCAGUUCUUGGUAGAAUUCUUGUACAAAAGAUUAAUCCCAUAGCACUUCUUGGCAUUGCUGGUGCUACAUGUGUUCUUGUCACUGAUGCUUCUGUUGACUAUAAUAAAUCAUUCAUAACUGACAGUCUAUGUGCAAUGAUCAUGACAUCCAUCAUAUGGGCAACCAUGUUACCUUUAAGUAUCUACAGUGGACAAAUACUUUUGCAGACUUGCCCACCUGAUAUAAUGAACCAGAUAGACAAGUGUUUAAGAGAGGCAUCAACUUUAGAUGGAGUCUUAGAAUUUAGGAAUGAACACUUUUGGACUGUCUCUUUUGGAAAAAUGGCUGGCUCUCUCCAUGUCAGAAUACGAAGAGAUGCAAAUGAGCAAAUGGUUCUUGCUCAUGUCACCAACAAACUCUCAGUUCAUGUUACUUACCUUACUGUACAAGUCUUUAAAGAUGACUGGAUCAGGUCUACUAGUGGAACAAAACUAGCUUCAAUACCCUCUACAUUUCCUCGUAAUCCAAGCCUUCCAAAAAUGAGUCAAUCACCAAAAACURCAAAUGUGUAUAAUAUGAAUAUGAACAAUCCAGGUCAUUCGCAUUUUGCUGGAAAAUCACAGCAGAACUUAACUGGAAGUCCUUUGGCUUCUGCCUAUGUCACACCUAGUAAAAUUCAGUGAGAGUGCACUUACCCCCCCCCCUCUCUCUCUCUCUCCCUCUCCCUCCCCCCUUAGCAUUAAUUUUGGAAUCUACUCAUGAAAAAAUUAAUAAUAAUUGUAAAUAUUCCAUAGUAAAUUAAAGACAAAGUAGAAAUGAGUGCUGUUAUGUAAAGUUAUUAAACAUUGUAGAUAUAAUAACAGAAAAUUUUGAUUUUGAAAUUAUUCCAUUUUGUACUGUGUCCUCAUGGGCAUCAGUACUAUUAUUUUAUUUUACAAACUUUUCAGUAAAAUCAGACGUUUUGAUUGGUUGGCUUUCGUGUGUURUCAAAGUAUAGAUACACAGAUUACGUCAAAACUAAUUGUUUGUUGUAUAAAACAGAUAG